AACAGUCGAAGAAUCAGUUUGCUGGUGUGGAAGUCGUGUCAUUGAAAACGUUUGCAGACUGGUAAGAAGAAAAUCCAAAAAAGGAAAAUGUUUGGAUUGUCUGCUGAUGACACAGUAACGUCUCGAUUACGUUACUGGAGUGUGACGUCGCCAGAGACUCUGGCGUUUGUCUACGUCACUCCUGACGGCCAGCGGUUUGCUUACACAAGGAAGGAGCUGUUCUCUAUGUCACGCAGAGCAGCCAGUUGGCUUUCUAAGCGAAACGUGUGCAAAAGUGACGUCGUUCUUUGCCUCGUUCCGACAUCGCCGGAGCAAACGUUCAUCGCACUGGGAACGGCGUUGCUAGGGGCGACAGUGAUGUGUACAAACAUUCAGUACAGAGACGGAUCAGACAUUUUGCCCUUGAUGAAAACUGGUGACGUCACGGCCGUUGUUGUGGACGAGACGGAUCAACAAGCCAUCGCCGCCCUACAGACCUUCAUCCCCAACUUGUCUGCUCCAUCGGUCAUCAGCGAAGCCGUUCCGUCGUUAAAGUCUGUUAUCUUCUGUAAUCGCUUCUCACAGUUAUCAUUCUUGGUAGCUGUAGCUGCUGAGGAAGAAGGAGACCUUGCUGACGUCAGUCCUGAUGAUGUCACGACGAUUUUCGCGACCUCUGGUAGCUCAGGGCAACCGAAACUAGUGCCCAGAACCCACAGGGAGCUCAUGACCAUGGCGCUAGGUUAUUACCAAUGUAGCCUCCAGACCGAUUCAAGUCUUAAGACGGACGUCCACUACAACCCCAGCUCAUUUGGUUGGUUGUCCGGCUAUCCUUUAAUGUAUUUAACGAGCGGGCAGACGAGGGUAGUUCCUUAUCUCAAAGGGGCUCUGCCAGACGAUGAAGCCAAGUUCACGAUGGACUUGAUGAAGCGAGAGGGCGUUGACAGCGCAGUGUUAUUACCGCAAACAAUCAAGACUCUACUGGCACGCGCUGACCUCUUGCAGAGUGACGUCACGUGGCGUUUGGACCUUAUCCUCACUGGAGGCAACGCAGUCAGGACAGAUAUUGCCCCUGCCAUAGGAACUUUGACCUCCGAGGUCCUAGUGGGUUAUGGAUGCACUGAAGUAGGUUUCGUCUCAAGAAAGACCUACAACGAUCCCAGAAAGGUCGUGAAUUUUAACUGCGGGAAGCUUCUAGACGGAAUGGCAGUGAAAAUUGUCGACGACAAUCUGAGAGAAGUUCCCCCAAACACAGAAGGGGAGAUAAUGAUCAAGCACAACGGUCUUUUCACCGGGUACCUCAAGCACCCAGGUCUCACAGCAGACGCCACACCAGAAGACGGGUGGUUCAGACCUCGAGACCUUGCUUACAUCAACAACGAAGGUGACCUCUUUGUUGAGGGGAGACAAUCGGAGGUCAUUGCAAUAGGCAGCUGGAUGAUGUACCCACAGCUGCUUGAGUCCCACCUCAUGAAGUGUCCGGGAGUGCAUGACGUGGCUGUGGUGGCUAUCCCCGACAAGGACUUCGAGAACCUUCCGUGUGUGUGCGUCGUGCAGGAUCCCAGACCGGAAGCUCAGCGCGUGGUGCCUUACGACCUCCUUCGCGCAUGCGCCGAGUAUUUCCAGGACAGUUUUCGCCAGGUUCACAAGCAGCGAGAUGUAGCCGUUCCAAAGGUGUGUCUGGUGUUUGACAAGUUUCCUCUCAAUCCCAAUGGAAAGGUGCAGCGGGGAGCAUUGCGAGCUCUGGCUGUGGACAGACUUGGACUGAAUGACAACUGACUCACUCUUCUAUCGUCUUUUUUUAAAAUCUGAAAAUAAUUAGAAACCAAGAUACAUUAGUUAGAGACUCACUUAAACUCUUAAUAAUUGACUAAUUUAUUUCCUGUUGACGCUAAAUUAAUUAAAAACAUCAUUAACAAGAAAGACAAGAAAGAGAUAAAUUGGAAAAAGAACAUCAUCUGAAGCAUUUUAACUGAAUUGGACACGUAGAGAGAUGAUACCAGUAAAAGCCCGAGAGUAAAAUUUCUAAUGGUAUUUUUAAAAAUUAUAUCUAUUAACCUAUAAUGUUGACAAUUAUCGAUGGUUCUCUUUCUUAAAGAACAUUUUAAAAACACUUCCGUGGUGUAAAUUUUAAGAAAUUUAGGUUUUGUUUACUGGUAGUAAAAUGAAAUGAAAGAUUGCAACUGUAUGCGACUGAGAAUUCAUUAAUCGGGAGAUAGCUCAACAGUUAGAAUUAAGCAAAAAAAAUUUUUUUACAAGAUAUAAACAAACAUAAAGUACCAAACAAAACAUAUUUUAUUAGAAUAUACAUUAUAAUUUUAAUAUUUACUGUUUUCUUCUUAUUUUCAGUUGUUUGAGUACAAAUCCAUGUUGAAUUCAAUAACCGGUAACCGACUUUAACAUAGCGCUUGAUCACAGAAUUCUGCCUACUUUCAAACAGAACGAAAUAUCUGAUCCGUUGAAUUUUUUUUUUUCAGUCUUUAAAGGGAAGUAAUCUAUAGUGAAAGAACUAAAGUUCUAGUACUUGCCUCCCUUAAGUAUUCAUUCAUACACGCACAGAGCGAUGUGUUCUAAAAAAGAAGAAAGCAGAUGAAGAUGAAAGCUUAAGUGACCCGAAUUUUUUCUUUGUUAAACUUACAUCAAACUCUAGACAACAUAGCAAACAAUCUUAUCCGUAUGUAGCGAUAUCAAACAUAAAUAUAAUUAAUUAUAAAGAUGAGCUCAAGCGUAUGUGGGAUUUAUCAAACUGUUUAUCAACAUAAAAUUGAAAGCUGUAAAUUACUGUAACCGCAAAGUAAACACUAUUCCCCACUCAACCCAACACCUGUAUUCAUGGAUUUGUAAAAGAAGGAUGAAGGAUGAGUUUGUAGCAGUGAAUAAAGUCGUUAAAGAUUU